CAGCCAGCCCCCCGGGGGAGCUCAUUAAAGAGGGGCGCGGCCGGCCGCGGGGAGCAAGCAGCGCGCGAGAGGGACAGCGAGAGAUGGCGAUGCCGUAUGCCUCUCUUUCCCCGGCAGGCGCCGACCACCGCUCCUCCACCGCCACCGCCUCCCUCCUCCCCUUCUGCCGCGCCACCCCGCUCUCGGUCUCGCCGGCUAGCGACGGCGGGCUGGCGGAGGACGCGCAGGUGGGCGCGAGGUGGGGGGCGGCGAGGCCGGUGCCGUUCACGCCGGCGCAGUACGAGGAGCUGGAGCAGCAGGCGCUCAUAUACAAGUACCUGGUCGCCGGCGUCCCCGUCCCGCCGGAUCUCGUGCUCCCCAUCCGCCGCGGUCUCGACUCCCUCGCCACCCGCUUCUACGGUCACCCCACACUUGGGUACGGAUCGUACUUCGGCAAGAAGCUGGAUCCGGAGCCGGGCCGGUGCCGGCGUACGGACGGCAAGAAGUGGCGAUGCUCCAAGGAGGCCGCCCCGGACUCCAAGUACUGCGAGCGUCACAUGCACCGCGGCCGCAACCGUUCAAGAAAGCCUGUGGAAACGCAGCUCGUGCCCCCGUCCCAGCCGCCGGCCACCGCGGCCGCCUCCCCCGCGGCGCCCCUGGCCGCCGCCGCCAACGGCAGCAGCUUCCAGAACCAGUCCCUUUACCCGGCCAUCGCUGGCAGCACUGGUGGAGUCGGCGGAGCCAGCAACAUGUCCAGCCCGUUCUCCUCGCCGUUGGGGUCGUCUCCGCUGCACAUGGACAAUGCUGCCAGCUACGCAGCUCUUGGUUGUGGAACGGCCAAGGAUCUCAGGUACAAUGCUUAUGGAAUAAGGUCAUUGGCAGACGAGCACAAUCAGCUCAUUGCAGAAGCCAUUGACUCGUCAAUGGAGAACCAGUGGCGCCUCCCGCCGUCCCAAAACUCCUCGUUCCCCCUCUCGAGCUACCCCCAGCUCGGGGCGCUGAGCGACCUGGGUCCGAACACGGUCAGCUCGCUCUCGAAGAUGGACAGGCAGCCACUCUCCUUCCUAGGCAGCGACUUCGGGGGCGUCGACUCCGGGAAGCAGGAGAACCAGACGCUGCGGCCCUUCUUCGACGAGUGGCCCAAGGCGAGGGACUCCUGGCCGGGCCUCUCCAACGACAACACUAACCUCGCCUCGUUCCCGGCGACCCAGCUGUCGAUCUCCAUCCCCAUGGCGUCCUCGGACUUCUCCGUGGCCAGCUCCCAGUCGCCGAACGAUGAUUAAUGGUGGUCGUGGGUUGGACUGAUCGUACCGGUGUCCCUGAGCCAAGCAUUGGAUUUGUUGCCUUCAGAUUUUCUCCAGACUCCAGGCCCCUUUGUCUCCUCCCCACCACGCAGUAGCUGCAAAAAAACAAUCUAUGCUUCUGUAUAAUUCAUGGGUCUUUUUCCGUGUCAGAUUUGUACCAAACCAAGCGACCGCACACCGUCCGCCGUCGCCUCAUGCGGGUGAACAUGAGACCGUUUUCCUUAAGCUCAAA